AUGGACCCACCCGAGAGCAAGGAAGCCGCCGAGGGGGUCCCACCGCCCUCUAGCGCGCCGACAGCCGGAGUAGGUGCGGAGGCUGAAGAUGCCAGCACCACCCCUAGAAAGUCAGAGAGCGUGUGCAAAGGCUCAGACGCUUCCUCUUCAGAUGAAGAAGGCAACAGCUUGCACGCCCAGCGCCUCGGGAUCGAUAUUCCUCUCAAUCCCGACGACGAGGAGCUCGUCUUCCAGGCCUCGCGCAUAUUCAAGAUCGAGAACCUCAACAACUUCAAGAAACUUAAAAAACUUGCUUUGAUUGCAAACGAAGUGACGGUCAUUGAAGGCCUCGAGGAGCAGGGCCCCACGCUGGAGCAGCUGGAGCUGUACCAGAACCACAUAAAGCGCAUAGAUAACAUCCAGCACCUAACACACCUCAGGGUCUUGGACUUGUCUUUUAACAAUAUCAGACGUAUUGAGCAUCUUGAAACCCUCGUCAAUCUGAGGGAAUUGUUUCUUUCUAGCAACAAAAUCACCAAGAUUGAGGGCCUGUCGACGUUAAAGGAACUGCGCACGCUGGAGUUGGGAUCGAAUAGGAUUCGCGUCGUAGAAGGCAUAGAAAACCUGAAAAAUCUGAAUGAAUUGUGGCUGGGCCGAAACAAAAUAACUCGCAUGGAGUUGCCGCAUCUCCCCCAGCUGACCCGGGUCAGCCUUCAGUCCAACCGCAUCGAAGAGUGGGAAACUGAUCUCUUUAAGAAUUGCCCUAAACUCCGCGAGCUGUAUUUAUCGCACAACAAUAUUCCGUCGCCUCCGACGGAGAUUCGCCAGCUGGUGGAGCUGACUGUGCUUGAUUUGUCCUGCAACAGAAUCGAGGAUGUCGAAAACAUCGCGUCUCUGUCGCAGCUGCAGGAUCUAUGGCUGAAUGACAACAAACUGGCGACUGUUGAGAAGGUUCGCUGCUUGCAGCAGCUUCCAGCUCUCGGCACACUCUACCUCGAGCGCAACCCGCUUCAGGCGUCUUUGGGUCCUGGCUACAGACAAGCAGUGACGGAUGUGUUGCCUCGAAUUUCGCAGCUGGACGCAAUUUCCAUACAUUCCUCUGUCCACAUCAAACAGAAUAAGGGGGACGAUUCUCAAGUCAAGCCGAUUCUGAAGCGCUGA